AUAGGACAAGAGGAGGGCAGAGCGAAAACGCACUACCUCAUACUUGCACAGGUACGUUGUGAUAGAAAGCUCAGCGGUAAGCAAUGGCUGGAGGAGGCAAAAGAGGUGAAGCGUCGUCUCUUCUCCUUGUGACGCUGCUCGUGACGUUGUUGGCCUUCUUCGCCACCGACUCCUCGGCAGCCCGUGUCACACCCCAUCCGCAAUCCCUCGCCAGAGCGGCACUGAGUGCGUUGGGGGUAAGGAAAGAUCCGCCGUGCUGCACAUGCGUCUGUCCUCUCAUUUACCCACCUCCGUUUUGCUUUUGCGGCGGCGUAUGGCAAGGCUUCUGCCCUUCCGCCUGCACCAACUGCGAGUGUGUCCUCAACGAGUGCACUUGCAUCGAUCGUGUGGACCCCAAGGCCUGCGAGGCCGACUCCUGUUCCUCGCUCGAUGCAGCCCCCAAAGUAGAGCCGUCGCAGCAGUGGGCGAUCGAAGAAACCGGUGGGAAAUUAGCGACGAUGGCGUGAUCCAAUAAUGUUUGUGUUCGCCUGUCAUCUUCUCUUUAUCCGUCCUCUCUAUCUAUCCGUCCAUGUCGUGUGGGUGUUGCUUUGCUUCAGUAACAAAAUGCUUCUGCUUUUAUGGUGAC